AUGUCUGCGGAAGCUGUAGAGAAACGUUCCUCUGGGAUAGCAGAAGCUGAGGAGGAAUCUGCGGCCCUGGUAGAACAAGAUGUAGCGCGCGGCCUGGAGAACUUUCCCGUGAGAGUGUGGCCUCUGAGGGCGGGGCCCAGGCCUAAGCCUUUGCAGUAUACUCCUGAUCAUGUAGCUGGGCCUGGAGCAGACAUCGACCCCACACAAAUAACCUUUCCUGGGUGUGCUUGUGUCCAAACGCCAUGUCUCCCUGGCACUUGCUCCUGUCUCCGCCAUGAGAAUAACUAUGAUGACAAUCUGUGCCUCAGGGACAUAGGAUUGGAAGCAAAGUAUGCCAAACCAGUUUUUGAAUGCAAUGUCCUCUGCCAGUGUGGUGACCACUGCAGAAACAGGGUGGUCCAGAAUGGUCUGCAAUUCCAUCUCCAGGUGUUCCAAACGGAUAAGAAGGGCUGGGGACUUCAGAGCUUGGAAUCUAUACCCAAGGGAAGAUUCGUCUGUGAGUAUGCUGGGGAGAUUUUAGGAUUCUCUGAAGUACAGAGAAGAAUUCACCUGCAAACAACACAUGACCCAAAUUACAUCAUUGCCGUCAGGGAGCACAUUUAUAGUGGACAGGUCAUGGAAACUUUUGUCGACCCUACCUACAUAGGAAAUAUUGGUAGAUUCCUGAAUCAUUCUUGCGAACCAAACCUGUUGAUGAUUCCUGUCCGAAUUGACUCAAUGGUGCCUAAGCUGGCACUUUUUGCAGCCAAAGAUAUUUUGCCAGGAGAAGAACUCUCUUAUGACUAUUCAGGAAGGUUCCUUAAUCGAAUAAGCAAUAAAGACAAAGACAGGACAGAUCAUGGACAACCAAGAAAGACUUGUUACUGUGGUGCCCCAUCAUGUGCCACCUUCCUGCCCUAUGACAGUUCACUGUACUGCCCCUUAGCAAAACCAGACACCAGUUAAGAACUAGUGAAGACACCUGUCUGCCAGCCUCUCUUGGGCUGAAACCAGAGAGAAUCAAGUAUUAAGGGACUCAUCUGCAACCUUGUUCCUCUCCCGAAAA